UCAACUUCAAGUUUGGCGCGCUUGGAAGUUGGCGGGCUGGCGCUUGAAGGCGCACAGUCUACGAAGACAGCAAGACUCGUGAGUUUUAGCUGGUGCAAGGCAUGUUCUUUUAGCAAAAUGUCGCGCUGUGCGGCUGCUCAACAGCCCCAACUUGCCGCUUGGACGCAACACAUCGGAGGGCUGCGUGUGGUCCCUCUUCAGGAGCAGAUGGCGGCAUCAUUUUGGCUGAGUUCAACCACAUCGAGGGUCACCAAAUAUCUGCAACCUGGCAUUCUGCGUGCACUAAGCUCAUCGCACCUCCAACCCUCACCACUGAAUAUCAGGCCAAUGCCAGAAGUGGGAUACUGUAGAGCACUUGCGUCGGGCCCCUUUGACAGCUUACAAGGCACAAAUAGGUCGUCAUAUGUCACCACUCCACAAGCCCGGGGGUUAAGCAUCAUAGCCAGCGCAAGGGGCCGCCAAUCCAGCGCAAAUGGAGAAAGUUCUUCUGAUCUGGAUGAUGAUGCUGCGAUGCCAGCGGUGGUCAAGGUUGGGGAGACAAACGGCGUUGCGGUUGCAAUUGACACCUCGAGGGUCAUUUCCGUGGAGCUGCAUAAAGAGGCGUCCGAAUCGUAUGUGGCAUAUGCGAUGUCGGUCAUUGUAGGCAGGGCACUGCCAGAUGCGAGGGAUGGGCUCAAGCCGGUGCAUCGACGCAUCUUGUAUGCAAUGAACGAGUUGGGGCUUUAUUCAAAACGGCCGUUCCGGAAGUGCGCGCGAGUGGUGGGAGAGGUGCUGGGAAAGUACCAUCCCCACGGAGACACUGCAGUUUACGACGCUUUAGUGCGAAUGGCCCAGGACUUCUCGCUCCGAUCCCCCCUUAUCGACGGCCACGGAAACUUUGGCUCGGUGGAUGCAGACCCCCCCGCCGCCAUGCGGUACACAGAGUGCAAGCUGCGGCCCCUGGCAGAGGCGAUGCUGCUGGCAGACAUUGAAGACGACACUGUUGACUUCAUUGAGACUUUUGACGGAUCUCAAAAAGAGCCAAAAGUCCUGCCUUCAAGGCUCCCCAACCUGCUCAUUAACGGCUCCCAGGGGAUUGCUGUAGGGAUGGCUACCAGCAUCCCUCCCCACAACCUAUCGGAAGUGGUCGACGCCCUCUGUGCCCUAAUACAUAACCCAAAUGCAUCGAUAGAAGAGCUCGCCGAGUACAUGCCGGGGCCGGACUUCCCGACGGGCGGACAGAUCUUGGGGUCUGACGGUAUCCUGGCAGCCUACCGCACCGGCAGCGGCUCGAUCGUCCUGCGGGGCAAGGCGCACAUCGAGCAACAAGCCAAGAGCAAUCGAGCGUGGAUCGUCAUUACCGAGAUUCCGUACCAGACAAACAAGGCUGCCCUGGUUGAGAAGAUUGCCGAUCUCGUUAAUAACAAGGUUCUCGAAGGCGUGAGCGACGUCCGAGACGAGAGCGACCGCACCGGGAUGCGCGUCGUUAUUGAGGUGAAACGUGGCGCGACGCCAUUGGUCGUGCUCAACAACUUGUACCGACACACCCAGCUGCAGACCCGCUUCAGCUGCAACAUGGUCGGGCUGAUCAACGGGGAUCCGCAGUUGAUGAACCUGCGCGACUUUGUCCAGACGUUCCUAGACUUCCGGUGUACAGUAGUGCAGAGACGGGCGCAGCACCAGCUUAAAAAGGCGGAGCAAAGAGAUCAUCUAGUACAGGGACUUAUUAUCGCUCUUACAAAUAUGGAUAGCAUAGUGGCCACCAUCAGGGGGGCGAAAGAUACUCAAACAGCGUCAAAGACCCUGCAAGACAAGUUUACUCUGAGCGAGGCGCAGGCAGCAGGCGUCUUGGAGAUGCCUCUGAGGAGGCUCACGGGCUUAGAGAGGGGUAAACUGGAGGAGGAGCAUAAGCAGCUGUCUGCCGUCAUCACCGACUUCAAAGACAUUGUAACCAGCAGAAAGCGAGUCCUAGACGUUAUCGAAAAGGAGUCACGAGCGCUGCAGAAGCAGUUCGGAACGCCACGUCGGACGCAACUAGAUCGGGAGAAAGACGGGGAGGUCAGCGACGCGGACGUGAUUGUCAACCAAGACUGCAUACUCGCACUGAGCACGAAGGGGUACGUCAAGCGGAUGCUGCCCAGCCAGUUCAAGACGCGGGGCCGGAAGACACGUGGCAUGGCGGGGGCCAAGAUGCGCCAGAACGACACGCUCUCCAAGCUGGUCUCGUGCAAGACGCACGACAAAGUACUCUUCUUCAGCGAGCGCGGCAUCGUCUACUCCAUACGUGCGUACGACAUCCCCGAGAGCUCGCGCGUGGCCGCGGGCAGCCCCCUACUUCAGCUGCUGAGCCUCCCGCCUGGGGAGAAAGUGACGUCAAUCCUGCCGCUGAGCGCCUUUCCGGAAGACGAGUAUCUUGUCAUGCUGACGACCAAGGGCGCCGUGAAGAAGACGCCGUUGUCGGACUUCGAAUCGAUACGGCGGUCCGGCAUAGUGGCCAUGCCGCUGGACUCCGGUGACGAGCUGCGAUGGGUGCGGAAAGCGUCCGCCGACGACGACAUUGUGAUUGCGUCGCAGUUGGGACAGGGCAUCCGCUUUGCGCUGAAUGAGAAGAAUCUGCGGCCGAGCAGUCGAACCGCACGCGGCGUCAUCGCGAUGCGGGGAAUCGAGGAGAGCAAGGUCGCGGCGAUGGACAUCAUCCCCAAAGACAAGCUGCAGCAGCUAGUUUCGCAGGACGACGACGGCUCCCUCAGCAUAUUAGUCGUGACCCGUCGCGGGUUCGGCAAGCGGUUACCCGCAGACGAGAUCCGGGCGCAGGCGCGGGGCGGCCGCGGGUACAAGAUCAUGGGCAUGCGGGAAGACGACGAGAUCGCGGCGCUUCACGCGGUGGGCCAACCCGAGGGGCAGGAGGAAGGGUCGCAGGAGGAAGUGAUCAUGGGCAGCGAGAAGGGCGUGCUUAACCGGAUACGGUUAGCGGGCAUCAGCCAGCAAAGCAGGACCGCCAAGGGCGUCAUUCUGAUGAAGCUAGACGAAGGAGACUCGGUCAAGGCCGUGUCCGUGGUUCUCAGCUCUCAGAUAGAUGACGAGGAGGACUCGAGCAGCGAUACGGAGCUUCGAUUGGAGGAGGACGAGAUAAGCGAUUUGGUGGCCCAUUAGCGAGCUUGUUGAUACGGAGAUGAUUGUUAAAGAUGGCAGACCCCUCCAUGUUUGCGAUUGAUUCGAGAAUAUAAUUGCGCCACUGUGCGACUGCGCCCUACAUACAGAGUUAUCGUCCAGACGGUCGGGAAUGUCCCCGUCAUGCAACGGAACCCUCGAAACAUAUUGGUCGGGAGCAAGGACUUCACAGCCGCCAGCCGCAAUCCUAUGCUAUCAUG